AGGGGCAGGGGAAGAAGGAGAGAGAUAAUAAACAUGUGCUUUUUAAAUAUUAUCAACAGCGAGAUUUUCAUGAGUGCCUGCUUGUCCCAAGCUGCAAUAGCAGGUGUUAGAGAGGGCUGUGAGUGUGGCUACAAAGAGACACUAAAAAAAUAGUCAUGUUAAGUCUAAAACUGCUCUCCACGUAGAGCACACCUGAAAACUGCUGGAUUUGCUGUUUGUUCUGAGAUUCUCCCUCCUUGCAAAGUGUUUUUCCCCAAAUUCUUCCAGGAAAGCCCAAGGUGUACCAAGGUGUGAGGGUGAAGAUGACAGUCAAGGAGUUGCUGCAGCAGAGGAGAGCACGGCAGGCAGCUGCUGGUUCAGCAGUUCCUUGGGACAGCAGCAGCAGCAGCAGCAGCAGCAGCAUCCAGUUUGCAGAGUCUGUGUCUCCGCCUCACCCAGAGCCUUUUGAAGCAGAAGCCAUCCCUCCUGUGCCCAGCUGCUGCCCCUCCUGGCAGUUUUCCAGCUGCCUGUCCUGUGAGGAAAGCCCUGGAUACCUGGAGCAGCUGAUAGAUUCCUGCCUGCAGUCGGAUGCACCCUCUGAGCCAGCCUUCAGUGCCUUCCAGCCAUCCCCACACUACACCCCAGACACCUUCCAGCCACUCCAGCUCUGCUUCAACCAGGGCCUGGCUGCCAGCUCUCCCAGCUCAGCCGACCUGCCCAGCCCGUGGAGCUCCAGCUGCUCUCCCCCCCAGCUCUCUCCCCUCACCCCGCUGACCCCCAGCCCACCCUACAGCUGCCCCAUGGAGGAGUGGCCCUGCCACCCGCCGUGUCCCUUGCCCAGCCCCGUGUGCUGCUGCCCGGCCUGUGGCUCGCAGGGCAGGGACAGCAGGGGCCUGCAGUGCUGCCCCUGCCCCAGCACGGACUGCCUGGAGCUGCUGCCACCCCUGGCCCUGGCCGAGGACUUCUUCAGGAGGGACAGGAGCUGUGACAUUUGCUACAGCUAAUGGGGGCUGUGGUUUCACACAUCCACUCUAUCCAAAUCAGAUUAAAUUGCCCAUGAACUAUGCAAAGUUGUGCUGCCUAACACAGCCCAGUUUAUUCUUCACUACUCACCCUUUUUUACACGAUGCUGUCACUACAUUGGGGGGUUUUGUUGGUGGUCUGGUGGGGUUUUUUUCCCUGUUUUUUUUUCAUUGUUGCUGUUUUUUAAAAUAAAUCUGAAGCUGCCUUAUCCAAACACUUGUUCUUAAACCAGCUCUUUUUGAUACAAAUAAAUCAUUUGGUGUAAAUGCUGAAGCCUGGUCAUUUUUCAUGUGCUAAAGGUCAAUGCUUUUCUCUUCUGCUGCUGACCCUGCCCUCACAGAGGUGAGGAUGAGCUUUUGAGCAGCCUAUUCAGUGACACAAAAGCUCUCACUCACCCUUCCAGCAGAUGAAAGGUCCAUAUUUAAUCCAGCACCCAGCUUUUCCCAGAGAACGCUGUGCCUCACCCAGCUCUGAGCUGGAUCUGCAGCUCAGGCUGUCCUGGUGACCUUUCCCAGUGGUUCUGGCAGAAAAGGAAAGCUGC